CGGGUCAGUCUCGCCCGCAGCUGAGCCUCUCACAUGGCCGGGUAAGAGGCGGCAGCCGUCAGCUGACAGCCCCAUCUCCCGAGCCGCCUGCUUUUGCCCUUCACUUGCAGGAAAGGAGCAAGCAAGGCGGGAAGGCAGGAACCAGCCUCCCCUUGCAAGCGGGAACAGCGCGGCCGCUCACUCCUGCCGGAGACCUUCUGUGCAAGCCCGGAGCGCGCUUUUGGUACAACCAAUGUGGGCAUUCUCCAUGAAGUAUAAAACUCCUUCAAUCUGAAGAAGGCCGUGAAGACACCUAUUACUGUAACUUUAAAGGAAUGACAGAACAAGCCCUGUGACUCUAACUCUUUGGGCCACAGUGUCACGGAAAGGACAUACAAUGGCUCAGUGUAAAAACCUUCUUGUUAAUUUGCUUGAGAAGAGGUGUGUGCAAAAUCCAGCCUUUGACUGUAAGCGUCAAAAUGUUAGAAAAAAACUGAGACUGAUACGAAUAACAGGACUCCUCCUGGGAAUUAUGGCCAUUAGCACACUCUCUUUUUCAGUUAGUGCCUUUUUCAAGUUGGAAUCUUAUAGCAGAGAAAUAACGAACAAUCUAGGUGGCCAAAAGUCAACACAUAUACAUCCAAGAACUCUUUUGAACAUCCUCGACCAGAAUCAAACUGGCACUGUAGAGCCACCUGAUGUUGAGAAACAUGAUCAGAACCAUACCAAGGGAGAAUAUCCAGAAGAUCUUUUCUCUCUUGAACAAAGAAGAAAGGGUGCUGUAAUCCUACAUAUUUGUGGAAUGAUUUACAUGUUCAUAGCCUUAGCCCUUGUCUGCGAUGAGUUCUUUGUUCCUUCACUGACAGUCAUCACAGAAAAACUGGCGAUUUCAGAUGAUGUGGCUGGGGCAACGUUCAUGGCUGCUGGUGGCUCAGCCCCAGAGCUCUUCACUUCUCUAAUAGGAGUCUUUAUAUCUCACAGCAACGUUGGCAUUGGGACGAUAGUCGGAUCUGCAGUAUUUAACAUUCUGUUUGUUAUUGGGAUGUGUGCUUUAUUUUCUAAAGAAAUAUUGCACCUGACUUGGUGGCCACUGUUUCGGGAUGUGAGCUUUUACAUCCUGGACUUGAUAUUGCUGAUCAUUUUCUUUUUGGAUAACUCAAUUAUGUGGUGGGAGAGCUUAACGCUUCUGAGUGCUUAUUUUAUGUAUGUGACUUUCAUGAAAUUCAACGUGCAAGUUGAAGAGCUUGUCAGAAGGCUUAUAACCAGGAACAAAGUGGAGAAAGUAACACCAGAUCCUGAAGUAAAGUCUCACUGUGAGGAGAAGGAUGAUAUGAUGCUGACGACUAAGCCACGUCUCCAGCGGGGCGGGAGUUCUGCAUCUUUGCACAAUAGUCUAAUGAGGAACAGCAUUUUCCAGCUUAUGAUUCAUACCCUUGACCCACUUGCAGAAGAGCUUGGAUCAUAUGGAAAGCUAAUGUUUUAUGAAACAAUGACUGAAGAAGGAAAGUUCAAAGAAAGAGCCGCAAUUCUUCAUAAAAUGGCCAAGAAGUGCCACGAGGAUGAACGGAAUGGAAGUGCUAGUCAUUCCGAAAAAAUUGAACCACCCAACAGCACAAAAGUUGAGGUUGAAGUGACACCUCCAAGUGAUACUUCCGAACCACUGCAAAAUGGAAGCGCCUUUCCAGAAAAUGAGGAAGAAGAUGGUGAUGAGCCACUAAGCCUAGCCUGGCCAGAUACCAGGCGUAAACAACUCACUUAUCUAGUGAUUCUUCCUAUUGUUUUGCCGCUAUGGAUUACCCUGCCUGAUGUCAGAAAUCCUAAAUCGAGGAGAUUGUUUCCCUUUACAUUUUUUGGAUCAAUCUCUUGGAUUGCAAUAUUUUCUUAUUUAAUGGUCUGGUGGGCCCAUCAGGUUGGAGAGACCAUUGGCAUCAGUGAAGAAAUCAUGGGCUUGACCAUCUUAGCUGCUGGCACAUCUAUUCCUGACCUAAUCACCAGUGUUAUUGUGGCCCGGAAAGGGCUGGGGGAUAUGGCAGUGUCCAGUUCAGUGGGAAGCAACAUCUUUGACAUCACAGUAGGCCUUCCUCUCCCGUGGCUACUCUUCGCCUCGUUUAACGACUUUGUCCCGGUGGCGGUGAGCAGCAACGGGCUAUUCUGUGCUAUCGUCCUCCUCUUCAUCAUGCUGCUCUUCGUCAUCCUUUCUAUUGCAUUCAGCAAGUGGAAUAUGAACAAAUUCCUGGGUUUCACCAUGUUUGGACUUUACUUCGUGUUCCUGAUUGUCAGUGUCCUUCUAGAAGACAGGAUCAUCAUGUGUCCGGUGACCAUCUGAUAGGAAGGAGGUGCUGUUCCUGAACAGCAGCAGAAAAAGAAGACACCAACAACCCAAAACUAGAAACAAUGAAUGCACUAUAAAGCUGCAUGUUUAGAAACCUCUAAUUUAAAACAGGUGGGGAAAGUGACUGGAGUCAGAUGUGGAAAAGCUCAGCAGAUCCUUUCACCACUAGUGAGCAAGCAGUUGUGUGCGCAAACUAAGACUUGCGGGGAGGGGGGUCCCAAUGCUUACUGCUUGAAGAUAUUGUGCAUGUGUUGUAUAACAGUAAGCUUUUAUAUAUGCUAUAUGUAAGAUCUGUCUCCAUAUACAUUUCUCUCUUUCAGUAUUAAUGUACACAUGCCACACAAAGAGAGAGCAAUAUAUAUAUUAUGCAGGAAAGUGAUAAUAUUCAUUUUCUGGAGACACAAAUCCUCCUAAUUGGGAUUUUAUCUGUUUGUGAGAACUGAGGUAAGGCACUGCUUAAAAGCCUUGGCAUGAAUUGAAUGGCACAGAACACUGUGGUGAAUUGGUCAAGUGCAGAUUGGCCUUGAUGUGUACAGCUCACUGGAGCUUUCAAGAAGUGCACAGAUUUUUUUUUUAGCAUAGGAUAUUACUUGUUUUAGUUCUUCACGGUUUCAGAGACUGAUAACCAAUUGAGAGGAUAACGUCUAUGGGUCCAUUUUUUUUUUUAAACUAUAUAGUACGGAUGCUGGCAGGUCUUGCAUUUUCAGGAUUUAGGCCAUGUUCUCAGAUGGUAUGGUAUGUUCAUCCCCACAUUACUGCUGCAUCUGGUGAUGAUUUCAGGCGCUGUUUCAAAUUGGAAAUACAAGUGCACAAGUCAAGUCAACACAUUGAGAUCGUAUCAGCAGCUGAUAAGCAAUGAUGUACAUUCAUAGACUGGUAGAGAAGGGCAUCUGGGGUGGCCACAGGUAAAACUCACACUGAGGAUUUGUAGACUCGUCAUUAUCUCAGCAUUUAAGUAGAGAAAACAGUUGUAAGAAAAUAACCUUUUAAAUUGUUUAGCAAUGCUGCAAGGGUAUUAAAAUCAUCUUAAGUGCUGUGUCCAUUAGUGCAUUUGCCUUGUAAUAUGAAAGAGGCCGAACUGGCUUUGCGUAGCUUUUAUCGUAGAUUUUCAACACUGUCAUAUAAAAGGGACAUGAACAUAGAAGUGGAUACAUUUCAGAAAUUAUUUGCUUUUAGUAACUUGCAACCAAAGCUUCCAUGUGGUCCCAAGCUUGCUUCCUUUGUUUUGAGAAUAAUUUUGGGAAAGGUGAAAUGUGUUUCUGGGGAAAUCACUGUGGGGGGAGGGGGGGCAGGCAGGCAGUAAUGGAAGAUGACUGAAAUGUCUAGGAAAUGUAACUCUAACUUGCUGAAUACAAAAAAAUAAAGCUCCAUCACACUCCUUUAGGUGACCCAGGAAGAGGAGCAGAUUCAAUAUCAAAAGCAAAGUGACAACAGAGGUUUCAUGUUUGCUAGAACUCAGCAUUAAAUAGAGCAGCUGAAAAAGAAAACAGGGGUUUUUUUACAUUAAUUUUCUCUCUGUCAUUUCUAAGUGACGCUGUAUCCAUUAUCAUAUAGCAGUUGAGCUUAUAAGUCAUUGGUUUAAUGGAAAUUUUAUACUUGGGACCAUAUAGAGGAGGUCUCAAUACAUUAGGUAAUGUACUUUCCUGAUCACUUCACACCUCUGGUUUCAUUCUAUACGACCCUUUUUUGUACAUACUCCAUGUACAUAAGUAUCUGCUCGUAGCGAUAUACAUACAAUUACAAAUCACAGAAUUCACAUGAAUUAAUUGCUUAACAAAGAGUGGGCAGUUCUGCUUCAUAGAUAAGGUAUGAGAACUUUGCACUCUGGCUGUUCUUGUAAAGAAAGGUAAUUUACAGUACAGUCCUAAACAGUGAAGUCAGUAGGAUUAACAGUUUAGGACUGCUGAUAGUGGCCGGUGGAGAAAGCUGAUUACAGGUCUUAUCUCAGCAACCUCUUGCAUAACUAGCUGCUUUUCAAUGGUCUCUGCUUUGCUGUUUCUACUGCUUUACUUCUCAAAGUAAAACACAAGUGUGGGAAUCACUUUUCUUGAUCAUGAAACCCAUGCAUGAAAUGAGUGGUUCGGAUUGUCUGACACACCAUACAUUUCUUUCGACCCUAUAGCUAUGCCAUUCUUGGCUACUAUUCAUCACUCAAAUAAGAAUGUGCAUAUAAUAUACACAUAUAGGACAAGGAACUAUAUCCACAAUUUGUUAUGGAUGAAAAUUCACAGCAAAAUUGAAGAGUGACUUCCAAGGCAAAAUGAUUUAAAGAUAUGUUUAAGUUAAUAUACAAAUAUACAGAGUUCCUCAAAAAACCUCAACCAUAAAAACAAAACAACCAUCACCCUGGAACAACCAUCAGGAAAUGCUCAGAAUUUUUACUGAAAAUUAUCAGAAUAUCAAAAUAUUGACAUACAAAAUAUCAGUGCUCACAACAUUACAAUCACAUCCAUAUAAUCAUAUGCUUCUAGAGAUACAACGAUAAUCAAUACAGUAGGCUAUAUUCCUCAGUCCAUAGAGAAUUGUCACAGGACAAUUAGCCUGCAGGAGGUUAGCCUGUGGGAGACAGAGGAGCAUAAAACAGCACAUGAAUCUCCAGAAACAUCCAGGCAACCUUAAAGUCCAAAGAAAAUUGACUAACUGGGUGUGGCACCCCACAAAAUGUUGAGACUGACCAACGGUAGCAUUCUACCAUCAUCCAAUUUGGGCGCUAUAGUUCCCUGGAAUCUGAGAUUGUUUUAUCCAUAUGGACUGAGGAAUAUAGCCUACCUAGAAGAAGAGUUUGGAUUUAUAUCCCCCUUCCUCUCCUGUAGGAGACUCAAAGGGGUUUACAAUCUCCUUGCCCU